ACGCUUUGGCGCCUUAUUCAAGAUGGAUGCUUUGGCGAGUUCUUGUUCGGAACCGCAUCUACUUACAGCAUGUCUAAAAGACUGGGAUAAAUUUGGAAAGAAAAAUUUUUUGCUCAAAUGCAAGGAAAGCGGAUUACGCCAUGCUCUGAGAUUACUGCUAGAUCUGUUUGUAAAACUUGUUUGCGGCGAAGGCAAAGUUGAUAUAGUGAGCAAGUUACUACCGGACUUGAUGAAGCACUUUAAUGAUAAUCACUCUUUCGAAUCGAACCUUCUGGACAUAUUUUGGUUCCUCGACACAGGCGUUUGUGAUACUCAAUCAGAAGCAGUCAAGGAUCGAUACUUUCGCCUGCUCCAUUUGUGCAAGUCCCACAUCAAUUCCGCGUUGUUAAUGGAAAGGCUGUCUGAAGAUACUCUGGAAAACCUUUCUAUGAUUCAGUCCAAACAGCAAUUUCAGACAAGAUAUGUCCGAACAAAAACACGUUUAUUCUUCAAGCAGCAAAAGUUUAACCUUAUGAGGGAGGAGAACGAAGGAUACGCAAAACUGAUAACAGAGUUAUCUCAGACAACUGGACCCAUAGAGGCGUUAAUGACUCAAGUCAGAUCUCUAAUAGGCUAUUUCGAUCUGGAUCCAAAUCGAGUACUUGAUUUGAUCCUGGAUGUUUGCGAAUUUCGUGUAUCCAUGAAUCUGGAUUUCAUCAAACUCAUCCGCCUGUAUAACCCCGAUAAACUCGAUCUGACGCAUAUACUCGGACAUAAAUUUCACUUCACUCAGCUACAUCCUACCGAUGCGGAGAUACAAGGAGCACGGGCCCGGAUGUUAUCAGCAGCGAAGAACUAUCGUCCAUUGGCGCCUUCUUCUUUAGCAUUUGCCAGCUCCGCUACCGUCAAUUCUUCUUUGAGUCACUCGUAUCCAAAUGAAGGACCUCGUAUUGAACCGAUCAAUGGUGGACCUCCUCAGAACCCUCCGUUCUCCACAGGUUUGGCCACCACUCCUGGCAUUCAUGGAACGCCUCUCAGUGGCUGGUUAUCAGGUGGCCCCACACCGACUGUGGAUGAUUCCAUUGUGCCUGAUUCUACUCCCAGUGUAAAUGCGGUGGACACGUCCUCAUUCGAGAUAACUGAUGAUAAAGAUCUGGACGACAUCACGGAUUCUUUGUAUGAAAACAAUCAGAAGUUGGAUCUUUGUUCCGCCCUUAUUCGAUGUGGGGAUUGGACCAAUGCGCAGACUAUACUCGAUCACUUUCCGGGAUACUGGGCCACUGGCCAUGGUCCUUUAUGCAAGUCGAUUUGCGACUUGCUUCACUAUUUGAUCGAGCCACUGUACUCCAGGGUCUGUCCCCUACCAUCCUGUCUGCAACACGGUCGUUCGCACCCGUCAAUGAAGUUACUCAGUGGGAUCCAUGCGAAUGAAUCGGACCCUUCUGGCUGCUUAACCCCGGUUACCGAUUUCAAUCAAUUGUGCAAGACAGUUUUCCCGUUGGCAAUGUAUCUGGGGCCCAAUAUGUCCACGGACGUGAUUCUACUGGUAAAAUUCUGCCGAUUGGGUUACAGUUUUCUAUCCGCUCAUAACACACGCUCUGGAUCCAUUGACCUGGUUUACCAGGGUUUUUUCAACCUACUGGACGAAGUACUACUCCCAUCUCUUAGCAUGGUAGACGCAAACUGUUGCCUUGCCGAGGAAGUGUGGCAACUGUUGCGAUUUAUGCCGUAUGAUCACAGGUAUCGGCUAUAUGGACAAUGGAAGCACACGAGUUGUCAAAAUGAGCCGAAAAUUAUCCGAAAGAAAGCCCAAGUAGUAGUGAAUGCAAAGUCUAUACUAAAGCGCUUGAGUAAGGAAAAUAUCAAACCAAUGGGACGUCAGUUGGGGAAGCUUUCUCACGGAACACCAGGCAUUCUCUUUGAUCAGGUUUUAAACACCAUUCAAUUGUUCACAAACCUCGUUGGCCUCGUGGUGGAAGCCCUGAAAUAUGUGAGCAGCUUGGGCUACGACGUCCUGGCUUUUUCCAUCAUCGAAGCCCUGACUGCUGAUGAAACCAAAUUGGAGGAUUUACAACUGAGCCAAAGCCUACAAGCUCUAUCCACCUUCACUGGGCUGUUGUGCAAAAAAUACCAAUUCGAUCUCUCAGGUUUGCUGCAAUAUGUCUUGAAUCAGCUAAAGGUGGGCAAAAGCUAUGACUUGCAAGUUUUGCGCGAAAUAUUACUCCGAAUGUCAGGCAUAGAUAUAUCUGAAGACAUGACGGAUGAACAAUUGGAAUCUAUGUCUGGAGGCGAGCUUCUCCUUCAAGAAGGCGGGUAUUAUGCUCAAAUUCGCAAUAUACGCAAGAACGCAACACGCCUCAAGGAUGCCUUGAUCGAGCACGAUAUGAUUAUGCCAUUCAUUUUCUUGAUGGCCCAGCAACGGGACGCUGUCUUAUUCUUGGAUGAUCCCGAUCGUCACGUCAAAUUAGUUGGCCGGCUUUAUGAUCAGUGCCAGGGAACUUUAGUGCAGUUUAUCACUUUUCUGAGCUUACAAUUGACACGGGAGGAAAUGCAAACUCAAUGCAUACCCAUUGAACGCAUGAUGGGAGAGUUUCACGUGCCGGCGGAUACCGCGUUUUGUUUGCAUCGCAGCCUUUUCGAGCAGAGAGUAGCACGGUUAAUGGAAACGAAAGAGCGUUCCGAAUCCUCAAAAAAUGGCGACCAUUCUAAAUCAUCACCAAAGGCUCUUUUCGCGACCAUCUCUCAACAGCUGUGUAAUGAAAUUGGUUCGGCCAUUCGACCGCUGUAUCCAUCGCGUGUUUGGGAUGAAUUGGGGACCAACUUUUUUGUCACAUUCUGGAGUCUGCAAUCUAGCGAUCUUGUGGUCCCGGAAGCUGCUUAUCAGCGCCAAGUCCAUCAGUUACGUGAACAAAUUCAGCAAAUCGAAUCAGCUCCUACCGGUUGGACAUCAGCACGAAAAAAACGCGAGCUUGAUCGUUUACAGGGCCUGAUCGAAAAAUUAAUGACCGAGCAGAGUGAUCGCCAUGAGCACGUUGCACGCGUUCGUGCGUGGCUGCUAGCGGAACGUGAUAGCUGGUUCCAAACUCGAUCGGUGACCAAGACGGACACAAUCACGCAGUUCUUGCAGUUGUGCAUCUAUCCACGUGUGUGCUUCACUGCUGCGGAUGCAAUCUAUGCUGCGCAGUUUAUGCAUGUUCUACACCAACUCAAAACCUCACAGUUUUCUACUCUGAUUUGCCUGGAUCGUAUUUUCAACGAUAUUACUCUCCCUACCAGCAUGUGUACAGAAGACGAAGCCCAUCGAUAUGGACGUUUCCUAUGUGCCGUUUUGGAAUUGGUAAUGCGUUGGCAUUCCAGCGAGGAGAUUUUUAAUCAAGAAUGUGGCCAAUAUCCCGGAUUUGUAACUGUUUUCCGCAAGGGUUUCGAUGCAAACACCAAGGCUGAUCAGCUGCAGUACGAAAACUACCGACAUGUUGUGCACAAAUGGCACUAUCGAAUCACCAAAUCCACCGUGGCUUGUCUGGAAUCUGGCAGCUAUUCGCAAAUCCGGAACGCAUUGAUUGUUCUCACUCGUAUUCUUCCCCAGUACCCACGUAUUUUGCAAUUUGGAAGCGCUGUCGAGCGUCGGGUUCAUAAAUUAAGGGAGGAGGAGAAGGAUAAACGACCAGAUCUCAAAGCUUUGGCUUUCAGCUAUGCAGGUCUUUUGCGUACUCGUAAGGACAAAUGGGUCAAUGAGGACGAAUUUCACUUGAUUGAAAACAAGCCAAUACGAUCCGAUCGUGCUCCUCCAUCAGCCAAUCUUGGUGUCCACGGCGGCUCAAACCCAUCGAGGGGAUCCGCUACGGCAGGAGGUUUUCCAGAUCACACGCACACAUCCGGCUUAGGCAGUGAAAAUCACGUUGGCGGAAAUUCCGACAUUUCACAAGGCGGCUCGAAUGUUCGUCGUGGAAUCGGGGCGCCUGUGUCCAUCACUCCUAAGAAUAUGCCCGAAGCGAACGAUCCUCGGAAUAGACAACACGUUUCCUCAGGACAAUCUCUCACUCCUGUUUCAACCGGGGAAACUAGUUUUCGCUCUCACACGGCGAGUUCGGUGGCGUCUACAGCUAUCAAUGGGCCAUCCAUCACACAUUCGCUUGCAAGCAAACAGCGGGCCAGUCAGCGGUACGACGGGAAUAUUGCCACAUACUCUGACGUGGCUACCACACUUGUGGAUGAUGGCCAAGGUUCAAAACGGCGAAGGAUGGAUAUCACGAAUUCGACAUCAAGCUCUGCUGUGACUACAUCUUCACGACCUUUGACUUCACAAAAGAGCGCCGAAUUUCAUGGUUCUCCGGAUGACUCGCGUGACACGAGGAAACUGACGCGAAAACGUUCCACUCCUUCAGCUGUAGCCGAUACCGCUUGUUCCGAAUAUCCUACACGCUCGUCCAGUCUCGGCCGUGCUGCAAACCUCGAUCACAGCGAUAGUGCUCAUUCCGAUCAACAUUCUUCAUUUGGUCCCGCGCCAUCCCGACAUCAACUCCCACGCCGACCACAACCGCGAGCAUCCUCGAGCAAUUCGGCUGACAGCAAAGAUGAUGAUGAGAGGUCACUUUCCGCCUGUAGCAGGAAGCAAAAGCGAAGCCAUCACCAUCAUCGACACGCGACCAAUUCCGCUGGAACUUCACCACAUUCUUCUCUAUCCAGUGACGUCACUGGGGCACCCUCCGGCUCUUCAAGGCAUAGUCGGAAAUGAUUGUUAAAUCAGAUGCUACUUUUCAUCUCUGUACAUAUUGUUGUCAAUGUGUCCACUACUCUUGACAUCUUAAUGUUCCUUCUUCUCAAUCUGUGCCCCCUGCAUCGAGUACCAGUUGGUUAUGUAUUCAAAACGACCAUUCGAGACAAGAUAAUUUUCCUAGAUCA